UAUCUUUCGUGACUCCACGCGCGGUCAUACUAUCGCACUGUUUAUAAUUUAUUUUAGUUUCCUCAAAAAAGGCAAAAAUCAUCAGGAGAUCGGGCCAGAAGAGUGUCCUAGUACACGGUUACGCGACCCAAGAUCUUUCGCUGCCACUUGCUGCCUCUGUGGUGCAGCAUCUAAGGGUGAGGGACACCACGAACGCCAGGAAGGCAGGAGGCAAAGGCAGCAAGGACAUCAUAAAGGAUGGACGCGUGCAGCCACAAGGUCGACGGCGAAAAUGUGAAUUGCGAGGCGACCUUGGCCGCCGUGAAUCUGAAUGUCCUUCCCGAUGAGAUACUGGAGUUCAUCUUCACCUACCUGCCGCCCUACGGCGACCUGGAGCACUGCAGCUUGGUGUGCAAGCGAUGGCGUGCCAUUGUGAAGAAUCUCGUGCGCCGCUCCAAGUUGAACCUGGAGAAGGGCCUUACCGACUUUCGACUGCGCUGGGAGGUGUUCUCCCAGCAGACGGUCAAUGGCGGGGCCGGAGCACCCCUGUCCUUCAUCGCCGGACGAUUUGCACACUCGGCUGUGCGGCACGAUAACUCCAUGUACGUUUUUGGUGGGGGUUCCUCCUCGGACACCACCUUCAACGAUCUCUGGCGCUUCGAUUUGACGCACAUGCGCUGGGCGCGGCCUGUGGCCACAGGGACCUAUCCCUCCCCCAAGGGUAGUGCAUCCAUGGUGGCGUGGCGAGAUCAGCUGGUGCUCUUCGGCGGCUGGCGCUACCCCUCGCUGCAUCCACCGUACCAGCCAUGGUGUCUGUUUGACGAGCUGCACUACUACGAUCUGGGCAAGAACCGAUGGCUGCUGCGCAACUCCCUAUCCUGCCCUCCACCUAUGGCUGGGCACUCGGCCACGGUGCACGGCGAUCGGAUGGUCAUCUUUGGUGGCUACCAGAUCAAGGACGAUGUCAACGUGAACUCGAACGAUACGUGGGUGCUGGACCUGCCGGAGCAGCGCUGGUGGCAGCCGCUCUUCGUGGGCAACACGCGACCCAGUCCGCGAUACGGACAAAUCCAGGUGGAACUGGGCAGAAACCAUCUGCUGGUCGUGGGCGGAUGUGGAGGCGCCAAUCGGGUGUACACAGAUGCCUGGCUGCUGGACAUGACCAGGGACGUGUGGUGCUGGAAAUCGCUUAAUGUGCGCAACAAGCGCUUCGGAGCCGUCCACAUGUGGUGCAAUCCCGGCUGCAAGGUUAACAACUAUCUUGUGGUUGUGGGACCUUCGCCAAACAUGCCGCAGGACUUCCAGAUGAUGAAGCAGAGCAGGGUCCCGGUCGUAGGAGGUCGUGGACCACCGCCGCCGAAUCCUCUUCAAAAUCUGCCCCCAAGGGGACACCGAAUACCCAUGCCGGAGCGUCGAUUGGGCGGAGGGAUGGGUGGUCCUGGACAGAAUCGCGGUGGAAACAUCCGUCCUGGAGUGGGAGGGGCAGCAGCUGCUCUGGGCCCGCAGGAGCAGUACUUGGCCAACCGAAGAGCAAUACUCAACCAACAUAUGCAGCAAGCCCAACAGUUUCUGCACAACAGCAAUGUAAACAAUAAUAAUAACAACUACCAGCCACGAUCGGGAAGAUUGAGUGAUCUCCAUGCCCCGCCAGCUCCUGCUCCUGCUGCAUCUCCCCCAUCCCCGCCAGUGCGACCAAAUGCUCCUCCAUCUCCCGCCGAUGGCGAUGUGGAUGCCGCCCAGCGGCUGCAAAGGAACCUGGCUCUAAGGUGUCGUGAUAAUGAGCCUAGGCUGCCCAAACGUUUCGAUGAGCUAUACGAGGAUCCCUUUCGUAUGGCCGCCUUUAAUGUGCCCACUCGAUCGCGAAGUGCCUCACGGGAUCACAACGAGCGCAUCCGACGCAUGGAGGAGAAGAUGAACGCCAUACGGAACUCGCGGCGCAGUGCACCCGCCGCUGCCCAAGUGGAGCCACAACCACUGCGCGCCCCCUCUCCCAAGCGACUGCGCUGCAAUGUGCAAUCCCUGUUCGUGUGCGACAUCUCCAGCAUCCUGGACAGCAGUGAGCCCGCUCUCGACUGGGUGGAAUACAAGAACUUCGGCGUGCUUAAGGGCGCUCCGGAUCGGUUAAUCCUCUCGAGCCUCAUUGCUGGCAACGGCGAGCUGAUCCUGUUCGGGGGCGUGCACAAGGAGACACUGACGGACAUCACACACCAUGUGUCCAAUUCCAUACACUUCCUAAGUGUGCCACGUGAUAUUAUCUAAGCCCUGAACCGACGCCCGUCCUAGUCCUAAGUUAUCCGGAUAGCAGACUGCCGCUGCUAGCCCUCCCAAAUCCUUCAAAGUUCGGCGUUCGACGUUCAUUUAGAUAUUAAAUUGAGUGUAAUCGAUGUGUUUUAUGAUUAUAAACGAUUAACUACUA